UUUAAGAAUUCUGCCAAAAAACAAACAACAAAGUCUUUAAGUUUCCAGAUUGCAAUGGAAAAUACCCUUUGGGAACAGAGAAUUCAACAGCCCUUCCCAGGACUGCAGUCAGAGAGAGAGAGAGAGAAGGGAGGAUCCAUUCUAGCAGAGGCUGCUGUGAUCAGAGAAAGGGAGAAGAGAUGCCACAGUAAACAGUUCUCGGUUCACCCAAGACAUUUAUCUACAGAACGGGUGGGGACUCUUACCUGGCAUGGCACUCCUGCUCCAGCUGCAGCUCAGAGCCUGGCUGUGGACAGCACUGGUCCUCUAUGUGUUUGCUGGAUCCUGGAGGCAGAGAGAUGGGCAACUUCACACGGAGGACCAUGCUGAUGUGAAUGUGUUUCAUAACAAGCUGGAGGAUGCCAACAUCAUGCUAGAGUUGCUCUGGGAAGGACUGGAGAUUGAGGCUAACGAGACAAUCAGGCUGCAGGAUGAGGAACUGGCCUCUCUGCGCUCAGCAAAGCGAUUUCUCCAGAUCUUCCAGCACCAGGUUCCCAAGACAUCAGAAGGGAUCAAGGAGCAGCUGAAACAUCUUUCACAGGCAGAUGCCCCUCUGAGUCUAGUAGAGUUCGAUCAGCUUCUCUUCACCAGCGUUUACUGCGCUUAUCAGAUUCGCUCCAUUCAGGGCCUGGACAAAAAUAUCUGGAUUAGUUUCUUUUCUCAACUAGUUGAUGAAAUCCUCCAUGAUCUCUGCAAGGGAUUCUGCCCUGCAAAUUCCACUCUCCUGGCUUCCUGGCCCUGGAAGGAGAAGCCUUUUUAUUUAACCUCACUGAAAAAGUCAUAUCAUUCCAACCUGGCCAUGAUGAAGAGAGGCACUGAGUAAGGAGACUGACAUGAUGAGAUUCAAUUGCAUUCUUGUUAUUCUGAAUGCUGCCAGUCAUCCCAGAUUAUGCUGGUUACUGUGCAAAAGUGCCACCAUUCUUCCUCUUUUGCUUUCUGUAUUGUACUGGCAACAUUCCAGGCAUUUAUCCAACCAGCUAUUGUCCCAUCUUUAAAUAUGAAACAAGGCCUGGGAUGUCUCCCUAGGAUCUCCAUAGAAAACACACUUCUGAGAUGCACUUCUGCCUUGAUCACUGAUGGCCAUUAGAGAUGUCACAGCACUUUUUCCAGAAGUCCAGGUAUUAGCCUGUAAUGGCUGAAUUCCAUCUCAAGUAAUUCCAUUUUGCCUCCCUAAAUUCCCCAUGGUUGCAGUUGGAUAUAGUAUUUUUCCUUUACUACAGUAACUCACUGUACAGCAUAGCUGUGCUGUUCAUACAGCUGCUGUGUUCCACUUUAUAGGUGGCUACACUGUGCGGUGAUUCAUAUUAAGUUCUGACUCAUUUUAUCUGUCAUCCCAUACCAGGUGCCUGGAACAGUUUCCCAAGUAAUGUGCACCCAUUUCCUUCCAAAAACUCCUGAAAAUGUACUGAUUCCAUGAACCCUUCUGGUAUAGAUAUCAUUCCCCACUUUGUAUUAGUACAGAAUGGGUAUUUGCUUGUCUCUCAUCUACUAAACUUUUGAGGGCAGGGAUCCAGUUAUUUGUUCAGCAGAUUUUACCUCUUCUA